AUGGAAAAUAACUCGUUGAAUAUACCAGCCCCAAUACCAUUACCGGGAAGAGAAAUACCACUGCCAUAUUUUGUACUUGGUGAUGAGGCAUUUCCACUGAAUGAACAUGUCAUGAAAGUGUUUUCGGGUUUACAUCCCAAAGGUUCUGUUAAAAGAAAUUUCAACUAUCACUUAUGCAGGGCCCGCCGUGUUGUAGAAAACGUUUUCGGAAUUUCAUCUUCGGUGUUUCGUGUUUUACGUAAGCCUAUGCUAUUGGAACCCGAAAAAGCAGAGGUUGUAGUGAUGGCUGUAGCACACCUCCAUAACUUUUUACGGAAAAGUAUGAAUUCCGUGAACAUUUAUACCCCGAGUGGCACAUUUGACAGAGAAGUUGGUGGACAGAUAACUGAAGGAAAUUGGAGAUCAGAAAACAACAACAUGACGUCUUUAUUACCAAUCCGGAAUAUGCCUCGUAGAUCGGCGUUGGAUGUAAAAGAACUUCGAAACGAAAUUGCAAAUUAUUUUGUAAAUGAAGGGGCGGUUUCGUGGCAAAGUGACUACGCAUAA